UUGUUUUCUAAACGGUACCAACUGUUAGAUCAACUGGCGCAAGAAAUUUCCCUUUACAACCAGAUUCCAAACCAAAAUACUGAACUUGAUAAACAAUGCACUGAUUUUACAGAGAAUGUAUCUAAUAACUGCCAGAGGAUGUUACAAAUUGUAUCCAGUAUCAAUGCUGAACUGAAAAAGAUCCAUCUUGAUACAAAAAACGAGCAAUCAGUCGAAAUUUCGAAAUUAACAAACCAGAACAAGAAGAUGGAAGCUAAAAUAGCAUCAUUACAAUCCAUAUCGAGGUCAUUACUCUCCAAGAUCUCCAAAUCCCGUAGAAAGACUGAUGAAAAGAUAUUAUCUUUAAUCCAGAAAGUUACAACGAAGAAUUUCAACUUAGAACAAGCAUUCACACAGGAUACAGUCUUAAGACCAUUCACUACUAUCUUAGAUCACAUUGAAACAGAGACCUCCUUCGAAAGUAGUAGUAGGAUAGGACGGGGUGUGUGA